CGCAAUAAAAAACAAAAUAAAUAAUUUCUUCACCAGCUUCAUCGGUUUUUCUGUCUUUUUAUUUCUGUAUUUUCUUGUUUUUGUGGUUAAUUUAUUUUAUUGCAGCUGCUGCUCUGACCACAAGGAGGCGCUGAUGAGUCUCCGCCCCGUUUUACCGCCUGUGGCCAAUCAAACUGUAGAAGAAAAAAGCCGGAAGCGGAAGUCGUUAGUCGCUUACUGCUAACACGUUAGCAUCUCAUGUUUUCGUAAGUCGGACGUUUUCCAAACAUUCAAAAUGAACAAACUGAGUAAAUCGCAGGAUUUUGACUCGUAUGAGAUCGAGGAGCCGAGCGACGAGGAGCGAGCAGAAAGCAGCUCAGAAGAUGAGCUGGACAUUCUGCUGAACGGGACUCCAGACCAGAAGAAGAAGCUGAUCAGAGAAUAUCUGACCGGGGAGAGCGAGUCGUCCAGCGAGGACGAGUUUGAGAAAGAGAUGGAAGCAGAACUGAGCUCCACCAUGAGGACAAUGGAGGGAACCUGGAGACCAGCAGCAGAAACCUCAGAAGGAGGAGGAGGGGGUUCUGGUUCUGGACUUCCAACCCCUCGGAUGUACGAUAAAGUUUACUUUGACUCAGACUCAGAGGAAGAAGACACGGCAGGCAGCUCCACCGGUCGGAGGCGGAGCCAGCGGAGGAUCCUGACCAAUGACGAGCUGCUGUACGACCCAGACGAGGACGAGCGGGACCAGGCCUGGGUGGACGCCCGGAGGAGAGCAUACAGCAGGAAGCGACCGGCGGCGCUCCGAUCUCAGCCUCGACCACAUCAGGGUUUACCGAGCAGCGACGCCGUCCUCAACUGUCCCGCCUGCAUGACCACGCUCUGCCUCGACUGUCAGAGACAUGAGAAGUACCGGACUCAGUACCGAGCCAUGUUUGUGAUGAACUGCACGGUGAAGAAGGACGAGGUUCUGAGGUACAAGAACCAGGAGGACAGGAAGCAGAGGAGGAGGAAGAGGAGGAAGGACCAGCAGACCGAAGCUCAGACGGACCAGACUCCCGACCCGACGCCGGCCGGGAUGGAGGCCGACGAGGUGUACCACCCGGUGCAGUGCUCCGAGUGCUCCACAGAGGUGGCUGUGCUGGAUAAGGACGAGGUCUACCACUUCUUCAACAUCCUGGCCAGCCACUGCUGACACCAGAUGGACCUUCUUCAUCUGCUCAGUCUGAUCUGAAGCUGGAACAGAUACUGGACUCUCGUAAGAACCAAGGAGAGCUGCAGCAGGUCAACUCAGACAGACUCUAAAAUGUUGUGUUGUUGCUCUGAAUGUUCAGGAUGUGGAAGUAUUAAAAUGUUGGUGGGCUGAAGUCAUCUUAAAUAAAUCCUUCAUGAAGCAAUGAAUCGUCAAAACAAGACACAAAGUGACAAAAACGAGACAAAAAUGACAAAAAUUAGACAAAUCAAGACACAAAAUGACAAUUGAGACAGAAAGCGACAGAGACAGACACAAAAUGACAAAACGAGACACAGGUAGACUGAAAUCAUCUGUAAAUAAAUCAUCAGUAGAUGUUCCAGAUGUUCCUCUAAGUUCUACCUGCAGAUAUUCAGCCUGAAAGAACCAGAAACCAACAGAACCAGCGGCAGAAUAGACCUCUGGAGCCGAAUUAGUUCAUGUUUAAAUCAUUUCUAAAAUAUAUCAGGACUAGUGAGGAAUAAAAUACAAACAGUUAUCAGUUGAUUCCAGAUGAUCCAGAUGUUGGUUGUUGAGCUGCUGUUAAUAGUUUAAUCCACUUUAUGUUCAUCGGUUUGAACUAAACGCAGAAACAGAGACAACUUCAGUUAUCCUGAUAAAGAACAUUUAUAAAUAAAAAACUUUUCAUUGA